GCCUCUCAAAACUCACGAUGCUCCAGCUACUGAGUUCCCUCCUGCUCGUGGCCUUUGCCUCAGGCUGUGGCCAAACGGCCUACAACCCCUCCAGCCGCGUUGUCAAUGGUGAGGAUGCGGUUCCCUACAGCUGGCCCUGGCAGGUCUCCCUGCAGUACGAAAAGGAUGGAGUCUUCUACCACACCUGCGGCGGCAGCCUCAUCGCCCCUGACUGGGUUAUGACCGCAGGCCACUGCAUCUCGAGCUCCCGGACCUACCAGGUGGUGCUGGGCGAGUACAACCGUGCCGAGAAGGAGGGCCCUGAGCAGGUGAUCCCCAUCAACGAGGGGGACCUUCACGUGCACCCUCUCUGGAACCCCAGCUGCGUGGCCUGUGGCAAUGACAUCGCCCUCAUCAAGCUCUCGCGCAGCGCCCAGCUGGGGGAUGCCGUCCAGCUCGCCUGCCUCCCUCCCGCCGGUGACAUCCUGCCCAACGAGGCGCCCUGCUAUAUCAGCGGCUGGGGCCGCCUUUACACCAAUGGGCCACUCCCGGACAAGCUGCAGCAGGCCCUGCUGCCAGUGGUGGACUACGAACACUGCUCCAAAUGGGACUGGUGGGGCAUCUCUGUGAGGAAGACCAUGGUGUGUGCCGGCGGGGACAUCCAAUCUGGCUGCAAUGGUGACUCCGGAGGACCCCUCAGCUGCCCCACAGCAGAUGGCUCCUGGCAGGUCCACGGUGUGACCAGCUUCGUGUCUGCCCUCGGCUGUAACACCCUCAAGAAGCCCACGGUGUUCACUCGUGUCUCGGCCUUCAGUGACUGGAUCGAGGAGACAAUGGCAAGCAACUAGAACCAGAGCUCAGCUGGCUGUGCUGAUCCCACAUUCUUUACAAAGAAUAAAGAUCUCUCAGAAAGCUCCA